UCACAGUAGGUGGAGCACCGCAUGGUGGCGCAGUAGAGCGCCAGAAAGUGAACCUUUAGCAGUUUUUUCUUUCUGGAAAACCAUCAAUGAGAAGAGUAGAUUUGCAUGUCCGACCAUCUGUACCAAUAGGCUCACUGGGAAGGCUGGGUUAGCGGGUGGAGCCGGGGGAAGCAGCCCAGUAAGUGCAUAGUCAACAACUAAAGCAUCCGAUAUUACUACAGACAGACCAAUUUCAACGGAAUCCCACUUGAAACGCCGUGUCGGUCGUUUUUCUCCUUUGGUAUAAUUGUAUGAGUAAGACUGAGUCACUGUGUUGAACCUUUUUAUUUUGGUUGUGUGCUUCGACCAGGUUCCACAUCGCGUCCAUACAUCGCUUCCACUUAAAGGCGAUUUCGUGAAAUUACUAAUCAAAGAAUAUUUUUCUGCAUAAACAUAGCCCAUUUUGCUCGGGGUCCUGGAUUUACACAGAGGAGGAGCGGGGAGCUGAUCAUCCGUCGUUCUCUUGGGAAACUCCCACACAACAUGGCUCAGACACAGACUCUGCAACAGGGAGCACGUGACCCCAGAGAUGAACAAGCUUCGUCAGAGCCUGAGGAGGAAGAAGCCCACUUAUGUGCCAGAGGCCAGCAGACCGCAUCAGUGGCAGGCGGACGAGGAGGCUGUACGCAAGGGCAAAUGUAACUUCCCUGUUCGGUACCUGGGGUUGGUCGAGGUGGAGGAGUCCAGGGGGAUGCAUGUAUGCGAGGAGGCAGUGAAGAAGCUGAAAGUUAGUGGGAAAAAGACAGUGAAGGCAGUAUUGUGGGUUUCAGCUGAUGGACUCAGGGUGGUGGAUGACAAAACUAAGGACCUCAUCGUAGACCAGACCAUAGAGAAGGUUUCAUUUUGUGCUCCUGAUCGUAACUAUGACAAGGCCUUCUCCUACAUCUGCCGAGAUGGGACCACUAGACGAUGGAUGUGUCACUGCUUCAUGGCUCUCAAAGACUCAGGAGAGAGACUGAGCCAUGCAGUUGGCUGUGCCUUUGCUGCCUGUCUGGAGAGGAAGCAGCGCAGGGAGAAGGAGUGCGGCGUGACGGCAUCCUUUGAUGCCAGUCGCACCUCAUUUGUUCGUGAGGGCUCCUUCCGGGCAAACUCUUCCUGCAGCCAGCAGGGCGGCAGCAUCGAAAGGGAUGACAAACUGCAGGACAAGAAGAAAGACCAACCUUCUGCCAUUCCAACCCUCUCACCUGGCACUGCUUCCCCACCCGAGGGCGCAGCCUCCCCCAUGGAGCGUCCAGAACCAGGUGGGCCUCACGCCAUCCCUCGCCGCCACGCGCCCAUUGAGCAGCUGGUGCGUCAAGGCUCAUUCCGGGGAUUCCCAGCCCUUAGCCAGAAGAACUCUCCAUUCAAGAGGCAGCUGUCGCUCCGCCUCAACGACUUGCCAUCCACGUUGCAACGCAAGACUGACUUCCAGGACAAGAACCCUGAUAUGGAUAUAGGGUUGCCAGAUGAGGGAGACAGUAGUAUUAAUGCACUGUGUAGCCAGAUCAACACCUCCUUUACCAAACCGUCAGAUGAGUUCUUCUCCAACCCUUCAAUGUCUGCAAAUGGCCCUCCAACCUGCACUGUGCCCACUGUCCUGCCUCCACCACCUACACCAAUGCAGGCCACUUCUUCCUGGGUGCAGCCAGAAGCUCCACUCCACUCUCCUCCCCCAGUUUCUGUGGCGCUGCAGAUGCAGAGUGGACACAAGCGCACACCCUCUGAGGCCGAGAGGUGGCUGGAGGAGGUCUCCAAGGCUGUCAAGGCCCAACAGUCCCCUCCCCCAGGUCCCACCAUCCCCACCAUCCCUGGACCACCCUCCAUGUCGGGUCAUCAGAUGUGCAGUCAGGCAGCCAUAUCAGCUGCCCAGGUGUCCACUGUCUCCAUGUCUCUUGGCACCAUGGCCAAACCCCUCAUCUCGGGACCUUCUGCUCUCUCAGGUCAGGCUCCAAUGCCCCUUCCACCCAUGCCAAUGUCAUCAGUUCCUCUAAUACCAGGCCCUCCAGUGUCAGGCCCCCCGAUGUCUCUACCUUCCAUGUCUAUCCCAACGAUGUCCGGUCCAAGCAUGUCUGGGGCCCCCAUGAUUCAUCCAUCUCUUCCUGGGCCCCCAGGCUCCCUUCCAAGCUCCGUGCAGCCCUUCCCCUUGGCCUUCGAUACCACUCCAGCCCCUGCUGGAAUGUUUGCCAGCCAGCCUGUCCAACCUGCUUUUGUGCCCAUGCAGACCUAUAUGCCAGGUUUGGCCAGCAGUAUGACAUACCCCAAUGCCAGCGUGCCUGUGGUGGGCAUCACACCAUCACAAAUGGUGGCCAAUGUCUUCUGCACUGCCACAGGCUCGUCAGGCACAGGCAGUGCUAUGGGAUCAGCUGGAGGAGGAUCCAAAGUGGGUGCACUUGGAGCAGUUGGGCAGCACCAAAGUUAUCCAGGAGCAUCUGGUGCAGCUGGGCACACUGGAGGGUUUUCUACACCGCCAUUCUCUUCCACUCCACCAUUAUCAACAGCCAUUAAUGGUCUCCCAGGGCACAGCAGCGCCACAAUGGCCCUCCCAAAUGGGACCUCCAACAGUGGCGGGAAUGGGGGCAGCAGUAGCAACUGGCCACCAGAGGGUAGUCAGCUGGCAGCUCCAGUGGCCAGCACUUCCCAAGAUGAUGAUCGUUUUGAGGCCAAGUGGGCGGCACUGGAGUCCAAGCCAGUGCCUCAGCAGCCUGGGAAUAAGGUACCAGCUGCAUCAGCCAACCCAUUCUCCAGCAAUUUGCAAAAGACUUUUGAGAUUGAGCUGUAAGCCAGACUCAUCCUCCCAAAGCUGUAGCGCUAGCUCUGGAGUUAAAGCCUGGGGAAGCCAGGUUCUAAUUCCAGCAUUGCUGGUAAAAAUAGGAUGCAGGUCCUUAAAAUUAGCAUCCAACCUGUGGCAGCCUAGAAACUUGCUCAAAACUCUCAUAGGGGUCAAUAGUGUAAUGACCUACAUUGCUUUCUUUGCAGUCCAAUGAGAGGCUGGGAGGAAGCUGGCAGAUUGCUGGGCUACCAUCGGAGGAUCAGGUUCAGAGUGCGCUAGAUUUGAUGGACUGAAUCUAUACACUUCACCCGCUAUUGCCUCUAUUCCUCGCUUUCACUUCUCCAUUCUGAUUUUAGAUCACCUGCUGCAAGUCCCUGGAUGUACUCUUUGUGCCCCUUUGUGAACACUGGGGGGAGACAGUUUUGUGGUUUCUUUCUUUAAAAGGGGAGUCCACUCAGAGGCAUUCCAAUCCUAUGAGAUCUUUACAGCGGUUUUAUUUCUAGUGGAGAAUCAAUUUGUUGACUGAUGACCAGAUCGAUGCUGAAUUUUACCAAGCACAGCAGAAGUAUGUAUACCUGAAAGGACUAGGCACUGAUGUAAGACCCCAUCCUACCAACCCAAAAGGGCUUACUGACCAAUAGUAGAGAUUUAUGGCCAAAAUUAUUUUAUUUAUUGUAUUUUAUUUUUUAUUUUAACAAUGUACUGUAUAUCUAUACUUAAAAAUCAAAAAUUUAAAGCAGUAUUUCAUAAGUUUGUUAUUUUUUAUUCCUUAUAUUUAUUGUUUUGAACCAUAAACAGGAGACAAACAGCAGGUAGCAGACUGGUAACAAGUGUGAUUGGGCAGCAGUAGUAGAUGUAUAAAGCACAGUGGGAAAUGCAGUCGUGCAACCGGUACCAAAUAGCUAGGGCUGACAGUACAGCUGCGUGUAAUGCGACAUGUGAAACGCUACGUGUAUAUAGCAGCAUGUCUCUUACAUUAGCCCUCACAUAUAUAUGCUCCAGUGCUGCUGAGGCCAGUUGAGUUAAUAUGGCUUCACCUUGGCUCUGUUGCCCUCUUCUGUUGCUGCCGUCAUGGGCAUGGGACAUGAGAAACUACUUCAGGAUACCCAGCAAACAGACAUUGUGGACAGUAUAGUCCUUUGGUCUCCAUUUUCUCCAGAUAGACCCAAGGAACUUGAAGCACUCAGUGGAAAUAAAAACACUAUAUACACUACAACACUGUGCAACUGGUUGGAAUUAUGAUGCACUACAUUAAUAAAUCUUUUAAUGUGUUCAAACACAGGGUAUAGUUUCAUCGUAUACAGUACGAUUGUGCAUUCACCUCUAUCUUUUAUAGUAGUACUGCACUAGUUCCAGAUGUUUGCAUUGAUGGUUUGGGCUGAAAGGAGGAGGAGGAGAUGGAAAAUAAAAUAUUUGAGAGAAAUAAAGAAUUUAUUUCUGAAGUAUAAAAGGACAUUUGCUUGAUAGAUCAAUAGAGAAAAGUAGGAAGGAGCACCUGUACGUGAGAUACUGGAGGAGAGAAUUGAGUUAUACCUUUAAAAAGUGAGAUGAAGGAAGUCUGAUGGGAGAAAAGUUAGAUGUAGUGUAAUGAAAGGGAGAUUAAAGUGAGAGACAGAUUGUGUGAAAAUAUAGAAAGCAAAGGCAUAAUCAUCCCACAGCCCACAAACAAAUCACUUACCUCGGUUCUUAAAACCUCACAAACAACACUUUUGUUCAUAUUUUUAAAAAAAUGCUGCUUAUUGUAUAAUUGCAGUCUCAUAAGCAAGAUUUUGCAACUCUCUAUAUAGUUACAACUCCAGUACCACUUACUGCAUUUUAACUUGACGUUUCUGGCAGGAGCCAUUAAAGUUUGGGUCUAUUUAAAAAUGGAUAAUAAAGCAGAAAUGUUCUCUCCACAGGCUCCUUCUGUAUGUUACUUCAACUGUCAUAUGACCAGAGAUCCUCCUCCUGAUAUGCUCCUUGGAAACUGAACUGUAUGGAUGUGGGCUGCCACUGAUUAGGUUUCCUGCCCUUUCACUCCUCACAGUUUAAUUAACUUACCAGAUUUCUUCCUGUGGCAGCAGUUCCCUCUGAUAGACUGCUAUUUCAGAGAACCUACAUUUUUUUGUGCCACCAGCCUUAAUUAUACUUUCUUGGUUCCUCCCAGUGAUUUGUCUUUUUUUUUCCAGUGAAUCAAAAUCUCUUCCCCACCAAACAAAACCAAACAGCUCUUUCUACAAGACACGACGGAUUCAUUAAAUUGAUGCUUUUAUUUAACUAAAAAUAUAUUUUAGCCCUCGACUCUUGUUUGCACGCCCUCCAAAAUAUAUAUGUAGGUUAAUUGUGUUCUGCAUUGAAGCAAACUAAAUGACCUCAUCAACUUGAUUGUAAAACCAUAGUUUAGUGAUGGUAACAAAGCAAGCCAGUGGAGUUUAUUUUUAAUCUUUAUUUACAGAA